GGUCAGAAAUGAGCUGGGGUCAGAAAGUGAGUGAACACCUGUAGCUUAGAGUUUACCUUGGAACGCUUUUGCAGGAGAUUGAAUAGGCGAGCGUUCCGUGUAGCCAGUGAUCGGUCCUGAGCGGAGGGUGGUAUGGUUGUGGACGUGGGCCAAGGCUGGAAUUUGAGCCACAUUGAUAGCACUCACUCCAAUCUGAGCGCCCAUAAUGUUCAGGAUACUUUGUUACAGUACCCGGCCGGACUGAGUCGCACUGGACACACGUUAGUCGCAGUGUGUCUCGGGUUUAUUUUUGUUCUCGGCAUCCUCAACAAUUUUCUCGUUCUCGUUGUAUUUGCAAAGUUUCAGUGUCUCUGGACGCCGAUCAACUUGAUCCUGUUGAACAUCAGCGUCAGCGACAUCCUGGUGUGCCUUUUUGGGACUCCCUUUAGUUUUGCCGCCAGCAUCCAUGGAAGGUGGAUGAUCGGAGACCCGGGGUGCAGGUGGUACGGGUUCGCCAACUCCCUCUUCGGCAUCGUGUCCCUGGUGUCCCUGUCCGUGCUGUCCUACGAGCGCUACAGCCACGUGCUGCGCUGCGCCCAGGCCGACGUGUCCGACUUCAGGAAGGCCUGGCUGUGCGUGGGCGCCUCCUGGGUCUACUCCCUGCUCUGGACCCUGCCUCCCCUCCUGGGCUGGAGCAGCUACGGCCCCGAGGGCGUUGGCACCUCCUGCUCCGUCCAGUGGCAUGUGCGCUCGGCCUCCAGCGUCUCCUACGUGCUGUGUCUGUUCGUCUUCUGCCUGCUGCUGCCCCUGCUGCUCAUGGUCUACUGCUACGGACGCAUCCUCCUCGCCAUCAGAGGGGUGGGGAAGGUCAACCUGCUGGCGGCCCAGCGGCGGGAGCAGCGCGUCCUGCUGAUGGUGCUGUCCAUGGUGGCCGCCUACCUGCUGUGCUGGAUGCCCUACGGCGUGGUGGCCCUGGUGGGCGCCUUCGGCCCCGGCGGCGCCGUCACCCCCCUGGCCGGCACCCUGCCCGCCGUGCUGGCCAAGCUCAGCACCGUGGUCAACCCCGUGAUCUACGUCUUCUUCAACAGCCAGUUUAACGCGUGCUUCGUAGCCUUCAUAAAGUGUAGCCCCCCACCCCGCGCCUUCACCACCCAUCAGGGCAGCAGACCCCAACACCGCACAUCAGGCUCCCGGCACUCCCACAAUUCACCUGUCUUCCGGAGCGCCUUGCCCACCUCCCCGCUACCUUACUCCUGCCGGAGCCCCGAGUUCACCUCCUACUGCGUCGCCCCGAAGGAGGGGGAGCUCAUGCAUGAUCUCGCUGUCCACUACAAUCAUUGAAGGCUGCGGGGGGGUUGGGUGUCUAUGACGUACCUGCAGUGGGUGAACAAACGCAUGUGCUCCUUCGGUACGUGAAACGUCCAAUUUUUUUUUUGCCACUCGUUUUGCCAAUUUGCUACAGAACAAGGAACUAAUGCUCUGUGGGCAAUGUGUCGAUGGAGCCACCAGCCUGUGAUUAUUGACUUAUUCCAGAUCAACGUGAGAAGAGUCCAGAUACAGAGGAAUCCCGCUUGAUCCUAUAUGCUGUGAUUAUUAGGAAAACUUCAGCACAUACUAAUGUAGUGCCGGACAACUAAAUCUUUUUUUAGGUUGUCAUUUAUUUGUAUGUUUUAUUUCAUUUCAGUUUGGAGGAGGCUUGAAAAGUGGUUCUGAAUGUAUUGGAUGCUCGAUUAGAAAUCAUUAUUUGCUGCUUGAUACUUUUGGUAUUGGUCCUAUGGCUCGAGCUCUGGAAUUUUCCAGAUUGGAAAGUAAUGAGAUCAAAUGAGGUCACUUGACAGUACGUGCUGUGUGUGUAUCUAUGGGUGUUACUCAUCAUACAAAAUGUUUUUUCCAAGCAGCCAAUUCCAAGACCAUUACGGGUGGUCAAUGACCAUAUUUCUACAACUAGAGGAGGCAUUCUGUCUCCACCACAUCCCCAUGAAUAAUAGAUGGGCAGAUAUAGUGUGUAUUUACCUCAUGUAACAAGUACCCUUACAUUGGAGUUGUGCGUCAUUGAUGUGUGCAAGUGAGCGAGUGGACCCAAAUGCUAGACACAGAGUGAGGCUGACAAUAAAAGUGUCUUAACUGACAAUCAACAGAUAUGUAAAGGCGGGACGGCAACAGGAGGGUAGUCAGACAGGCGAGUGUUCGGCAGCAUGUCAAGCGUGAAACAUCGAUCUAGCAAUGAUCGUCUGGAGAACCGAGGUUGAAACACUGGGUCUUCAUUGAUGACUGAGGACAGGUGUCUAGAGUGCAGGAGAUGAAUGAAUAGACUGGCCCCACUAGGUGGCAGAAUUGGUCGGCGUGACAGUCAAGCUCUUCGCCACAGUACAUUAUCAGCUCCAUCCAGUAGUUAGGAGCAAAAUAUAUGAACCCUAAAAUAAAACAGUUUAGAAUAUAAUAAAUACACAGCCAACUUAAAAAUGUUUUGCGAGCUUAGAGUCGUGUCAGUGUGCAAGGGCUUUAGUUAUGAGCGCAAGGUCCUUAAGUGUGCAAGUCUUAGUCAGGGUGCAAGUCAGAGUAUAGGGAGGGGCUGCCAGUUCAGUGAUUGGAAUCAUAUAAACUGUAUCCAUGUUUCCUACUGUCCAGCAGGUGAUAUAAGGGUCUGCAUGUAAAUACCAUACAUUCAUGGUAAAUACCUAUUCAUUAAUACGACUUUGUCGUAAUUUUUUCCACUGAAAUUAAUGUGAACUCAAAAUGACUAAUGAUUACUGUGAUUUCCAUUGAAGCAUUAGUCAUUGGUUAUAUUUAUUUGAAUAAGUCAAAAUAUUCUUUGAAUA